AUGAUUCAAGAUUUCUACAUCUGCCAAAAUCAUUUAAGUCCACAACUAAAUGACUGUGCUGUAGCCCUGAUCAAGAAAGCAGAAAUCGAGAACUGUGAAGCUGUCCAAGUCAACGUAACAAUGCCGAUAGUGCAACCUAUCACUAGUAAAUACGUCUUGGCCAUAUCAACCGAAACAAAUCUAAAGAUGCAGAAGCUGUGCCAAAAUAAUGAAAUCGCAUUUAUAAAUAACCCCAGCCUAAUUGAAAUUCCAAUAAACUGUGGGAUAAUUAUUGGAACCAUCCAAAUCUGGAACAAGGAAGAGUCAAUUGAAGGAAGACCUCUUUCUCUACCUCCAAUCAAAAUCGAAACAUGCACGUCACCGAUAAGGAACAAAACAAUCCUUAAAUUGAAUUCUGUAAAUCUGGACAAAAUCAAGGAUCUCCAGAAACAAUCGGAAUUACUGAUGCCCAUCAAGCCUGAAGCUAUCCAUCCAGCUACUUGGAGUAUAGCUACCAUAUGUACCAUCAUCAUCGCUCUAACAGUAAUUUGGCAACUCUACAGAAGAAGAGGCACCCAACUUCGUGAAGUCAUCCAAGAAAGAAUCAUCCAGAAACCCGAAAACAAACCUCAAUCCGUAUUGUUUUCGACUUCGGCGGGAGGAGUUAUGUGA